AUGUUAUUAUCCUUUUUAUUAACUGUACCUGUUAUAGGUGCAAUUAUAAUAACUAGUAUAAACUCCUACUCUGAAAAAAAAAAAUUAGUUUAUACUAAAAUUAUAGUACUUAUUACUAGUGUAAUAAACUUGAUUAUAUCUUCAAUUAUUUUUAUAAUAUUUAAUAAUAGCACUAAUCAAUUUCAAUACGUACAAGAACAUUAUAACAUUCAAUUAUUUGAUAUUUAUUUAGGUCUAGACGGUAUAACGAUAUACUUUAUGUUAUUAACUACAAUAAUAAUACCUGUAGCGUUAUUAUCAAAUUGAGAUUCUAUAAAAGAAAAUAAAAAAUCUUAUUUAGUUAUAAUGCUAUUGUUAGAGACGUUGUUAUUAGCCGUAUUCAUGACAUUAGAUAUAAUGUUAUUCUAUAUAUUCUUUGAAAGUAUCUUACCUCCUUUAUUUAUAUUAAUUGGAUUAUUUGGGUCUGAUAAUAAAAUAAGUGCUAGUUACUAUUUAUUUUUAUAUACAUUAUGAGGUUCAUUAUUUUUAUUAUUAUCUAUAUUAAGUACAUCAUCUACUAUGGGUAGUACUGAUUUUGAUACUUUAUUUAAAUUAAACUUAGAGUAUAAAACACAAAUAUUCUUAUUUAUAGGGAUAUUUAUAGCGUUUGCUGUAAAAACACCGGUUUAUGGCCUGAAUAAUUGACUACUAAAGGCACACGUAGAGUCACCCCUUGGUGGUAGUAUUGUUUUAGCCGGAAUUGUUCUUAAAUUAAGUCUAUAUGGUAUAUUUAGACUAAUUUUACCUAUACUACCUAAAGUUACAUUAGAUUACACUUUCAUAGUUUAUGUUAUAGGAACCAUAACAGUUCUUUAUGCUAGUUUUAGUACUAUUAGAACUACAGAUAUUAAAGAGUUAAUUGCAUAUUCUUCAGUAGCUCAUGCUUCAGUAUACUUAAUGAGUGCUUUUAGUAACACUAUUCAAGGUAUAGAAGGUUCUAUAAUAUUAGGAUUAGCACACGGAUUUGUAUCAAGUGGUCUUUUUGUUUGCGCAGGUGGAGUUUUAUACGAUAGAACUGGAACUAGAUCUAUAUACUUCUACAGAGGUUUAGCACAAUUAAUGCCUAUGUUGUCAUUAUUGUUCUUUAUCUUAUGUUUAGGUAAUUGUGGAACUCCUUUAACUUUCAAUUUCAUAGGGGAGUUCAUGUCUUUAUCUGGUAUUACUGAAAGAUUACCAUUGAUGGGAUUCUUGGCUUGUACAUCUAUUGUAUUAUCUGCCGCCUAUUCGAUUUAUAUGUUUAAUCGUAUAUCUUUCGGAGGUUCAUUUACUAGAUUCCUAGAACAAUCAAUAUCAGAUGUAAAUAAAAGAGAAUUCUCAAUAUUAUUUGGAUUAGUUCUUUUCACAGUAAUAUUAGGUAUAUACCCUGGUAUGAUCUUAGACGUAUUACAUUAUUCUGGUACUAAUAUGCUUUAUAGUCUAUAA